ACGCUCUUCCCCCAGAGGGUGGUUGGGCACUGGAACAGGCUCCCCAGGGAUGUGGUCACAGCACCAAGCCUGACAGAGUUUAACCCACAGCUGUGGGAGACUGGGGUUUAACCCCGGGACACGGGCCUCAGACUCUCCUCUGCCCUUCAAACACCUAUAAUGGAACCCAAACAUGUACAAAAGAGAGAAGACUGAUGUGGAGGGAACGCUGUUUGUUUACACAAGAUCGGCUUCUCCAAGGCAUGGUUUCACAAUUAUGAACAGACUGAGCAUGGAAAAUCGAACUGAGCCUAUUACUAAAGACCUCGAUUUCCAGCUCCAGGACCCCUUCCUACUGUACAGAAAUGCCAGAUUGUCCAUAUAUGGGAUUUGGUUUUAUGAUAAGGAAGAAUGCCAAAGAAUUGCAGAGCUCAUGAAAAACCUCACUCAGCAGGAACAAUUCAAAGCACAGCAGGGCACAGGAACAGGAGUGUCCCCAAUGCUUAUGAACUCUGCUAAUAACAAAGAAGUGGAUAUCUUACGGAUGCUUACCAAGGCCAAAGAUGAGUAUACCAAGUGUAAGACCUGCUCAGAGCCAAAACAAAUAACCAGUUCCUCUGCAAUCUAUAACAACCCCAACCUAAUCAAACCGAUCCCAGUGAAGCCCAGUGAAAACCAGCAUCAACGACUCUCUCAGCAAAGCAAGAAUGCGGAUCCUGAACCACAGCACUUGUCUCUGACAGCACUGUUUGGAAAGCAGGAUGUCUCAGAACCACUGAACAAGCAGCACCAGGAGAACCUUCCCGUCAGGCAGGGUGUGGUCCGUUCGCUGUCCUACGAGGAGCCCGGCAGGCAGUCGCCCUCUGCGGAGAAGCAGCUCUGCCCCGCCAUUCAGAAGCUGAUGGUGCGUGGGACAGACCUUCACCCCCUCGCCGAGUUCCCUGAGAACCGGCUCUGUGAAAACGGCAACAUCCACCCCGCGGGGGAGACUUUCACAGGGCUCUUCCAACCUGUGACUUCUCACGGUAUCGCGACAUCUCACGUGGUUCAGGACGCUGCUGGCACUCAGAGCUUGCUGCAGAAACUGCAGAGUCAGUCAGGGGCAGUGACAAAAAUGGACCCCGGUGCGACAGCACCUGUGAACUCGACGGCUUCCGUGUUCAGCAGGACUCCUGCUGCUGUGGGAGCACCAGCAGCGACAGGGAAUAACAUGAGCCAGCCACCUUUGGUGUAUUUCAACGGGUCCAUACCGGGCCAGACUUUAGAGGCUCAGACACUUGGUAAAGAACAAUCCAAACUUCCCAGGCAGCCACUUUCUCUCUCUGGCAAUCAAGCAGCCAAUUCUGGGGUGAUUUCACCUCAAGAGUUACUGAAAAAACUCCAGAUAGUGCAACAAGAGCAACAGUUGCAUGUAUCCAGCAGACCAACGUUGGCAGCUAAGUUUCCUCUUGUUACUCAGACUACAAAUACACUGAAACCACUGGACUCCUGGAUAGAAAAGGCACCGGGUACAGAAAAACAGAGUGCACUCUUUCAGGUAAUCUCACCUCAGCGCAUUCCUGCCACUGUGACUCCGACCCUGUUGAUGUCCCCCAUGGUGUUCACUCAGUCCACACCUGCUCCACCAAAAGCCAGUGACAGUGGGCGGUUGGCAGGGGCCAGCCAAGACCCUGCUGCCAGCUCAGCCAACCUUCUCCUGCCCCUGCAAACCCCAGAGCCAGCUGUGGCCAGCAGCACCUCCAUGACGAAGAUGCAGCUGCAGGAAACACUUCUACACCUGAUCCAGAAUGAUGACAACUUCUUAAAUAUUAUUUACGAAGCAUAUCUCUUCAGUGUGAGAAAGGCAGCCAUGAAGAAGGCUAUGUGAAAGAUGAUUUAUUUUUUUUUUAAUUCAAUUUCCAUUGCUUCCUGAACUCCAGGAAAAAAGAUUUCGAAAUUUUCAAGUAUGUUUAUGUUUGAAGAAGUGAAUGGUCUUGGGCAUGUUGCAUACACGUGGAUUUUGCACGUUGGCAAAGACAUGCUGUACUGAGGAAAAAAAGAUUGGAAAUGGAUUGUGCCUUUAGUGAGGGGAGCAUCACAAUACUGAAGACUUAAUCACAAAAUAUCUUAAAUUAUUUUUCUUAUCUUGAUCCACGCUUAGAAUUGGUUUCCCUGCAUAAGGACUCAGUUCUCGGGAUCCAGUUUCCCUUUUUUUACUUGCAGUGUGGUCAUUCAUUGACUGGGUAUUUUUGUCCUGGAUUUUCCCUGAGCCGUCCUGUGCAGCUGUCCCGGUGAACGUGCCCAUCCCUGACCACAUGGUGGCAAUGUUGGACUAUUUUUAGGAACGGGUGAAAAUCCGGGUGAAAUCAUGGAAUGGAAAGUCUCGGGAAGAUUGAUCAUCGUACUUAGUUGUCUGCAAAGCAGUUUAGAUGAAGUGUCAUGACUUCCCCCAAAAUUUUUGUAGAAAAAUCUUUUUCUAUUUUGACAAGAAUAUUUUUAGCUAGAUGUAGAAGUGGGAUUCUGCAGGUGUUUUGAGGAAUUGUGGGGGGGUGGGUUUGUGAAUGUACUUGCUAUCACAUAGCUCUGGGGUUGCACUGGAUUCAUGUUUCUAUUAUUCCAGGCCCAAUCUGCAUUAUUAUAAGCAAUGUGAAAAUUUGUUAAGGGGAAGACUACCUGGUGUAAAAAUCCUAUUAAAUUUUUUUUAGCGUGUUCCUGGAGCACAGUGAUUUCAUUGAUCCAUUUCUUAAGAAAAUAAAAAGGAUAAUCCCUACUGUGUGUUGAUUUCAUUUUAUUGUACCAUGGACUAUGUAUUUAGGAUUGUUGGGUCUCUUGUUUGUAUGACUUGAAAAGGUUUUUAUGCUUGUCAA